GCGCAUUUUGAUACAGCUGAGACCAUGACACAGGAGGGUGCCAAGUAUCCCACGGUGUUCACAGUGGACAGUUACCACACAAAACCCCCUCCUCUGCCCCCCCGGCCCGGACGAAGGCGCAACAUCGGCCCCACUCAGGUGCUGCUCUUCCUCCUGGUGUCUGUGGCUCUGAGCGGCAUGGUCAUCGAGGCCUGGCUCAUCUACCGCCUCUACCACCCGUCUGCAUCUACCGAAACUGCGCUGCCUUCCGCCUCAAAGAUAAUCAGAGAUGAAACUCUUGGACCUGAACCCACCAAAUGGUCCAGACUUGUCGAAGCCCCUUCCAAACCGCUUGCUCAUCUCACAGAUGGGGAGGACGUUAAAGCCCAUGAAAACAACAUCAUGGGUUGGAGUGAGAUACCAGAGCCUCUCCUCUACAAAAUGACCUACAAAAAUGGCUGCCUCAUCUUCCAGGAUAGUGGAUAUUACUACAUUUACUCCAAAGUCACAUUCAAUGUUGAUAGCCUUGUUCGUCACUCAAUUGAACUGAAAACAAAGUAUUAUCUUGGGAAAAAGAGCAUCACGCUCCUGAAGUCCAUGCAGACCUCUUUAUCUAGACCUUCUAACAGUUUUCUGGCUGGAGUCUUUCACUUUUACAAAGGUGACGCCAUUUUUGUCAAAGUCAGUAAUAUGGUCCAUAUUGCACGCCAUGAAUCCACAGAAAAUGUGUUUGGUGCACACAUGAUAUGAGGAAAAGGCUAAAGGUCCUAUAUUGCGCAAAUUGACUCUUGAGAACUUUAAACCAUGUUAAAAUGCUGUUACCUCAUCAAAAACAUACCUGGAGCUGUGUUUUGUUUAAUUUAUUAUUAGUCUGGCUACAUACCCAAAACUCGAAAUGCUCUGUUCCACCUUGUGAUGUCACGAUGUGGUAGUUUUCAAGUUAACAGCUGCUUUUACCUUUAGUUCAGUAGAGAUUGGCACAUCCAGGACUCAAAUUAUACAAAUGAUUCUAGUGAAGGUGUGUGGAGGUUCAAAACACACUGAAGCACUUCCUGUAUUACCACAUGAUGACAUCACAAGGUGGAACAGAGUGUUUUGAGUUCGAGAGAAUCUAAAUCCAGCAGGUCGCUAUGUGUGGACGAGUCUGUGAGUUAAACAUGUGUGAAUGAAACAAAACACAACUCCAGGUCUGUUGAGAUGAGGAAACAACAGAUCAGAAAAUAGUGUAAUAUCGGCCCUUUAACAUGAAAAGUGCUUAAAGUACAAAGAUUCAUUAGAUUCAGAUCCUGUGCAAUAAUAGUUGCACAAAUAGACAAUCAUCUAUUUUUGAGCCAGCAAGUCACUCACUGUGUUGUUAAAGGAAUUUGUUACAACUUAUUUUUAUACUAUACCUUUCUAGAUUUGUAUUAUAAACUUUACCUUAAUUAAUAUGUUAUCUAACUAUUAUCCACCCACAAAAAAAGAAAUAUCUUGUUUUAUAAAGUAACCUGCUUGACAGAUUUUUAUGGUUGGUAGUUUUGUGGUGUACUUUUGUGUAAAUAUGACUGUGUAGAAGGAUACACUCAGCUGUACAUAUGGCUUUAGUAGCAGACCUUGAAGCCAUGUAGAUGUGGUUGGGUGCUGAUUCCUGAAAGACAAAGCAAAUUAUUAUUAUCUAAUUCAAUUAUGACUGAAUUUCUGUGGUUUGUGUACUAGAACACAGUCAC